CCCCUCCUUCUUCUCACCUCAACUUCAACUCAGGCUUCAGACGACGACGGCUUUCCAGUCCAACAUCACCGCAAAGGGAAGACAGGCCCAGCGUCCCGCCAUGCCCACUCAGCUGCCUCCCUCGCCACAGCGGGGUGCGCCAAGCACCUCCACCUACACCUCACAGCAUCCCACGGGAGGUGGCCGCAGCGGCACGUCCAUCUUCAGGACCGCCUUGCAGAAGAUCACACUCUACUUUACCUCCCUCACCCUCGGCACCACCAUCAUCAUCGGCCUCUGCGUCUUCAUCCACCUCCUCAACAUCCUAUUUUCCCUCACGGACAACUUCUGUCUGCAGUCGCCGGCCUACUUCAGCUCGCCGCUCUCCAGCUUUCCCAAACUGUUCACAAACCACUUUACGCAUACAGAUAUCUUCCACCUCAUUGGAAACAUGUUUGUGUUUCCGGCAGUGGCGGGUCCACUGGAGCGGGAUUUGGGGACGUUUCAGUUCCUACACGCCGUCGGCAUAAUCCUGGCUCUUGUCGCCAGCUUUCUGUACAUUAUCGUUGGCGGUGUGAUAGGCGUGAUCAUCAAGGCUAUUGGACAACAGUGCUCGUUGGGCCUAUCUGGGCUGAUAUUCGCGUUGAUGACCGUCGAAGCCUGGCAGGGCAGGCCGCCGUUUGAGCAUGUACAUAUCGGAUCAUGGGAGAUCCUGGGGCAUUAUCUGCCCUGGAUUAUCUUUGGAAUUUCAUCCAUCAUAUAUCCCUGGAGCUCGUUCGUGGGACAUUUGACUGGGAUACUUGCUGGGAUACUAUAUGGAAUGGGGUUCCUGGACAUCUUGCUACUGCGACCACGACAGCUGGCGGCCCUACGCGACGCGCGCAUCUUCAGCGGGCUCACGCGAAGACGCAACUUUGUCGACACGCAAGGUUCAGUAGCACUGCCCACCACCUCACCGGGCGGAUCGGCGCGGGUAUUGAAUCCAUUCGGCGGCAGCAGCAGCGCACCCAACCACAAAUCGACAACAUCCGGCAGCGGCUUCUUCAACAAUUUCACUCGAAACGGCAGUCAGGCACGCGGCGGUCCGUCAUACACCUCCCUCUCCGAUGACGCGCUCCUGAAUAGCGAUAACGACCCUCUGCUAUGGGAUGAGGAGCCGGCCGGGGUGGGCAUUGUGGAUGAUAUUGAUGAGGCUGUGCUGGAUUUAGAGGGAGUUGAUGGGCUUGAUGGGGAGGUGGAGGGUGGAGGAGCGAGUGGUGAUGGAGCGGCAUCUGUGGUUGUGGAGACGGGCGGGGCUGAUGCUACGCCAGCGGCACUAGGGAAGAGUACGAAAGCGGAGGGGCCGCCGUUGAUAUGAUCUGCGACUCGCGAGACUUGAGUCUACUGCGAGCUGAGAAAGCCGGGACUUUCCUCAAAGUGACAAGGUCGUACUCAGGCGUGCAGCGGACUACUCUGCGAAUGUUCCAACCCUAAACAGUCGCGCAGACCACCUACAAACGACUUUCGGUGAGCUUUGGAGUUUGUCAAUGGUGGAGCUCUGGUUUUUUCUGCCAGUGUACAUACAUAAGAAGAGUUCAUUUGAAAAUACGUUAUGAAUGGAUUCUGUGACACUAACCGAAGAUUC